UUGUCGAGCCGCGCAAGCGCACCGCGUCUUCUCGCUUCGCUCCUCCUCGGCUUCUCCUCUCCUCUCCAUCUCUCUCUCCAGCGGACGACGGGCGGCGAGCGGGCGGCGGGUCAUGGGCAUCCCGCAGGUCGACUGGGAGGCGGAGAGCUACCCCGCCUACUCGGACUUCGCCGCGAUCCCCUUCUUCGCCGUCUUCUUCUUCGUCGUCCGUUACCUCCUCGACCGCUUCGUCUUCGAGUGGUUAGCCAGGAGACUGAUUUUCAAUAAAGAUGACGAUAAGCUUGAUCUUGCAACGUAUGCAGGGGGGAUAAAGAUAAGAAAGUUUAAGGAAUCAGCUUGGAAAUGCAUAUAUUUCCUUUCUGCUGAAUUAUUGGCCCUGUCUGUUACAUACAAAGAGUCCUGGUUCACUAGCACAGAAAAUUUCUGGGUUGGGCCAGGAGAGCAGGUCUGGCCAGAUCAAAGAAUAAAAUUUAAACUCAAGCUGGUCUACAUGUAUGCUGCUGGGUUUUAUACAUACUCAAUAUUUGCUCUUCAGUUAUGGGAAAUAAGGCGCUCAGAUUUUGGUAUAUCAAUGGUUCAUCAUGUAGCAUCUGUUUUUCUCAUAGCAUUAUCUUACAUAUUCAGAUUUGCUCGUGUGGGUUCAAUUGUCCUCGCCAUCCAUGAUGCAAAUGAUGUGUUCCUGGAAUUGGGAAAGAUUUCUAAGUACAGUGGCUACCAGUUGCUUGCUGAUGUUUCAUUUCUUGCCUUUGUCUGUUCUUGGGCAGUCCUUCGUCUGAUAUAUUAUCCAUUCUGGAUUCUCUGGAGCACAAGCUAUGAAGUUGUGCGGUUUUUGGACAAGAAGAAGCAUAAGUUUGAUGGUCCAAUAUACUAUUAUGUAUUUAACUGUCUUCUCUUCUCCCUCCUUGUUCUACACAUAUAUUGGUGGGUAUUAAUGUGUCGAAUGCUUAUGAAGCAAAUACAAUCUAAAGGGCAUGUUGGGGAUGAUGUCCGAUCUGAUUCUGAAGGUGAAGAAGAGCAUGAGGAUUGACCAUCUGUGUAGAUCCUGAAGGAUCAAAGGGUUAGUCCGUUUAACUGCUUCACUACGACACUAAGCUGAGAUAUUACCAUGCUGUGCCGUGUCUUCAAAUCACUAUUUUGUUUUACUUCUAUUCUGCCUCUUCAUAGGUAAACAAUACAUUAGUGUACUUAUCUGGACGAGCAUCACAGAUAUAUGUUACCUGGGUAUUAUCCAUUUAUGUAAAUUAGGUAAAUGCUGUAUAGUAUCUACACAAUACUCAAUGGAAGCACAUGAGUUGUGCACAUAUCUUCCUCUAUCGGCUAAGUCCAUGCAACCUUUUCAUCAAGUUGUUCAUGAUAGCAACGUAGAAAAUUGCAUUUGUUAAUCUUUCUUAGAGCUAAAGUGCAGGUUGGCCUUUUACAUAUGAUAGUACAGAAGCAGAUAACAACUUAUGCCCCUUUCCAAAGGUAAUUUAUAUUCCUUUACCACAUUUGACAAGAUAUUAUAUUCAGGUACCCUAUACAUGUUUUUAGUUAAUAUUGUAAAAUAUAAUCAAAAUUCUGUUAAUCAUCUUUGAG